AUGUUUGGUGGCUGGGCUCACGUAGCCAGCCUACCGGAGGACUUGACGGGAAAAGAACGAGUCCCACCACCUGCUCCAACCCAGCUUGAUUUUCCUAGCUAUACCCCCCAGCAUUCACCCAGUCCACUCACCACAGCUUCAUCUCGAGAUCUAUUCCAUCUUCUAUGCUCUAUCAAAAAACCUCAAGACAUAACACCGCAAUACCUCCAAAUCCUAAGCCUCAGCGUCAUACCCAAUGCGUCCUUCCAAGACCUCUUACCACACGUUACGGAACCAGUCCACCAGGGUGGGGAACAUGUUCCUCCUCCCGAUCGGCUCCAGCAAACCGUUCAAGAACUCCGAAUCAGCCAUUCAGACGCCUUUCGCGAAGUCGUCCGUCUUCCUCCACUUCCAGGCCACGCAAAGCCUCGCUUAUCACGCACUCGCAAAUUCUGGACCGGUCUGCAGAGGAUGUCGCAGUUCUGGGACUGCAGCAUGGACAGAUACUAUGAAGUCGCAGACACUGAAGACGACUCAUCGAGCUCGUCGGGCUCAUCAGACCCUGACAUAGAGAUGUCACAGAGUGACCAAUCCCCUCCAGACAGGCUGCCAAGUUCUUCUUCCCCCGACGGCCCGCAACCGGCAAAGACAAAGCAAGUCUAUAAAGGCCGCCGCUUGAACGACGGCUCGGCCAUGCCCUCUAACUUUCGUGACGAGGCUGUCUCUGCCCUCGUCGAAUGCGUAGUAUGGGCCUUCAACUGCCAAGUACGGGCUCCGAAUCUUCCGCCUCGCCUCCAAGUACGAAACCUUCUCUUCCCAGUCCGACAGAGUUUCAUUGUAGGUAGAUUGCCAAGGGAGAGAGAAUUGGGUAGACGAGCUGUGCUUGAGGGCCCAGUCAUGGGGAUUUGCUGUCGGAUGGAGACGAUUUUCCGACCUGACUGUAUGACCGCAAAUGGUGAGGUAGGUGGUAGUAGUGGCUACGGUAUGAAACUCUCAGAAGUGGUGGAUGAGUGGAGGGGAAUUCUCGACUUGGCCCGUGAAGUUGGCGUCAUGCUUCUCCUAGCCCAGGAGAGAGCCAGAGAGGGAAAGGGGGAGGUCAAGCCCGGAGAGGGGAAAUGGUGGACUGCCACGCCGAGGUGGGGUGGUGGACCUGGUGGGUUGAUGGAGAGCGAAAUUCUUACUGCCGGGAGAGAUGUUGUGGAUGAGGACAAAAUAGCAACACCACCACCGUCAGAGAAUGCGUCUGCGGAUGAAUCCGUGGAUGGAACCACUCCCAAGCCAAGCAGCACGGAGACCCUCUUGCCCAGGGCUGCCACACAUCCUCCUGUACGGCCGAAGAGAAAAGCCAUCCGAGACAUCAGCGACAACAACGAACGUGGCGGCGUACAACACAAAAAAGGAAGCAAACCCACUCAAACAGAGAAAUGGAAGACCUUGCGUUCCGGCCCGGGAAUCUGGGAUGCAAAAAUGAGGUACAUGCGGAUUGGCGCUCCAAAGUCAAUAUCACAAGCGGCAUCACCAUCGCUGCCACCGUCCCCCGCACAUGCAGAAGACAAGGCGGAGGAGAUAGAAGAUCAGAUAUUCAUGGUCACAUCCAUCAACCACCAUGUCGCUCUCACGAGCAUGCAGGUCUCCGAGGCCCAUCUGGCGUGGUUGGCUGGAGAGGAGCGAAAAGACGAAGAGCGCGAGCAGGGCCUGCAGCUGAAGCGGACGAGGUGGUUCGAUCUGUUCGACGAGGCGGAUCGGGUGGAGUUCGUGCAGGGAUUGUGGGACGUGAUGGCGUGGUUGAUGAGAGAAUGA